AUGUCAGAGGAGCAGAAGGAGCGUGCUUUGCACCUGAAAAAGAUAUCGGAUUGGAAUGUGUCGUGUGUGGAUCUGCGAAGCAGGGUGCCUAUCAAGGGGGUUAUAUCUCUGGAGUGGCGCUAGAAGUGAUUGCAAGGAUGUAAUGGAAGAAAUAGAUGCAGUGGUUGGUGCACGCUGACUGACAUGUAUGUUUGAUGGAGUGAGGAAGCCCACUCCAUCCAUUAUUUUGUUCUUUGUAGAAUAGUCUCUCCCUUCGUACGAAUAUUUGGGUUAUAUGAGAUAUCCUGUAAGAGCCUUAUUGCCCAAACCCUUGCAGUGUGAUAAAUGUAAACUAUUUGGACAUGUACCAGUUGAGGCGAAGUUGCUGCAAUUUUGGUGGCAGUAGGUGGCGGCAAUACACCAAUAGGUGUAGUCUGCCAUAAAACUUUGAAGAAGAAGAAGAAGAAGAAGAAGAAGAAGAAGAAGAAGAAGAAGAAGAAGAAGAAGAAGAAGAAGGAUGAGCUAGUCCUUUACCUUUUCAAGCCAGUCGGAAAAGCUCUGGGGGAUGUUGCCGGAAUGAGGGAUAGUAUAGGAGAAGAUGGUGGAAACCUAAGGUUUUGUUUGAAACUGCUAGUGAGUCGGAUGAAGAAAAUAGCACAGAGUGAGAAUGAGUGGGUUACAGUGGCGAAGAAGAAGGGAAACAAGAGAAGUAAAUGUCCAUUGCUCGUGUUUCUUGGCCCAAGCAAGUCUCUUCUUCUCAUUGGUGUCCGUUAGUAGUGGUUUCUUUGCAGCAAUUCGACCAUGAAGGCCUGAUUCAUGCAGUCCCCUCUGAACAGUUGAUGAUGAGAUGUGUCUGUGACUUGAUCUCUGUGAAGCAUUUAUUUGGGCUGCAAUUUCUGAGGCUGGUAAUUCUAAUGAACUUAUCCUCUGCAGCAGAGGUAACUCUGGGUCUUCCAUUCCUGUGGCGGUCCUCAUGAGAGCCAGUUUCAUCAUAGCGCUUGAUGGUUUUUGCGACUGCACUUGAAGAAACUUUCAAAGUUCCGAAUUGAUGAUUAAUGAUGGGCUGUCGUUUCUCUUUGCUUAUUUGAGCUUUUCUUGCCAUAAUAUGGACUUGGUAUUUUACCAAAUAGGGCUAUCUUCUGUAUACCCCCCCACCUUGUCACAACACAACUGAUUGGCUCAAACGCAUUAAGAAGGAAAGAAAUUCCAAGCUUUUGACCGGUAGUAUAUAUAUGUAUAUAUAAUCUCAUUAGAAACAGAUAUCUAGUUGUUUGAUUCUGAAUAUCUCUCACGGUGAUGAGGGAAUGAUCAGACUAAUGUUAUCAAUACCAAGUAAAAAUAAUAUUCCAGAAAAGUUCUCCAUGCAUUUGUCAGAGUAUUUCUCAUCAAUUCUGACCUAAUGUUGCUCAUUCAUAUUGAUUUGAUAAUGUAUAGAGUAAUGAUAUUACAGUCAACUCCUGAUUAAUAAUUGAUUAUCUCAGAUCAUCCUAUACUUAUAAACACUUUGUCUAUGUACUGUAGUUAUCGUUUUCCUUUACUACUGGUUUGUAAACUUCAUUGCCAAGUAAACUCCCAACCAGCUGGCAGCGCUGUUGUGCGUUUCUGGGUUCGCCACCAACUAGAACAAAGGAUUCCUUGACUAGAACACGGAUGUAGGAUUGGAAACGAGUUUGUUUUGAUUUUGCAUUCCUUUUGUGGAGUAAAUACACACCUGAAUAGGAUAACCAACUCUCAUUCGACUGAAAAUGUCAAAACUACAGUUGUUGAGUGUGUUUUUAAAUAAUCGUUUAACGGCGGCUGCUGUGGAGAUUUUCGGGGCAGUUGAGAAAACGGUAGUGGAAUACCAGGAUGAGAAUGAUCGGCUACGGAGAGUGCUACGGAUCACACCAGAGAUAGAACUAUGUAGAAUAGGUUUGUAUGUAGAUCUCAGGGGAGAACGACUACCCCCUCUCAUUGAAGUGACGGAAGCUCAAGGCCGACCGCAGUACUGCAGGCAUUGUUAGCAGAAAACAGAAUCCCCCAUUAUAAAUAAAUACAAAAUUCGAAGACAAUCAUGGUACCAAUAUUUAUUUAUAAUACACCAGAUAUGUGCUUGAACCGAUUAUUUUAAAAUCGCGGACAGAAGAAGUUAAGGAUAAUUUAGUUGCUAAUGGAUUCGGACCGGGUAGAGCCUGUUUUUUUCAUACCUGGCUAAAAUAUUAAAAUGGUGUCAUUAGUGCUUCAACCUCGUCAAAUAUAACACAGGAGAGAUUAUUUCACAGAAAAUAAUAAUGUUCACUGGGUUGUCGGAGUUUAGAGUGACGAAAAGUAGCUAACAGCUAAUUGCUGUCUCUUCAUUGAGCAGAGUAUGGUGUCAAAUCUGAUUCAAAAGUCGAACGAGCGCGAGCAAGUUAAACAUAAUUGUGCAAGGAAACACCUUGAGUCGAGAGAGAAGAAACGUGGUCGAGAGGGCAGGCUGGCGUGGUGCGCGCAAAUUAAAUAUGAGAGCUUGCGAGUGUGACUGAGUGAGCAGAGAUUUUUGUUCGCCUUAAGAAAUACUUAGUACAUGUGAAGACUCAGAAAUGACUGCAUCCCCACACGGAUGUAUUUUCCCCCUCUCACACCAAUUUACCAGUUUGCUCUCGCAACUGCAGAGCUUACUAUCGUUUUAGAAUGGGGAAAUUCUAGCCAAUGAACAUCCUGUAGCAGUCUACUGAAUCGCAAUUGGUCACGUUUUUGGACCAAUCACGGCUUGACUGCUUCUAACCUGAUUUUUGACAAUAGAGAUGAAAGGUGAAUGAUGGCUGACAAUAAUAAAGAGGUAAGUUCUAUCGUUUUUCAGUAGAGAGACUAGCUAACCAACUAGCUAGCUAAUCAACUAUGAUUUCAAUAUUGAAAUUGAAGUACAGUAGGUAGUUAUUUGGUCAUCUGUUAUUAAAACAGGCUAUUGAUGAGGCAACCUAGGUUUUCGUCAGCUAGCUAGGAAGCUAAUGUUAGCUAGCUAACUAAUGUAAUAGCUAACGUUUAAACGUGGUUUAACCAAAGCCAAGAUGGUUUCGUUUUCUAUACCGUCUCUGGUUUAACUAAGAGCAUUGUACCUAACAUGGUGACCACACCGCCCGCAUCGCAUGUGCUGAAUAUACACAUAAAGUUACAUGUUAUUCAAUCAUUGUAGCCAGGCGCUAAAAUAGAAAUUGGUUCUAUUUGUGAUGCGCUGCAAGUCCUGCCUCUCCCAUCUCCUCAUUGGUUUUUAGGAGCAUAUCCCCACGUGGGCAAUUGAAAGAUGAACUGAGGUCCACACUCCAGUCCAGUUGGUGGUGGUAAUGCACCUUAAAGUUGGUUGCCAACCGCCAUAUAAAGUCAAAAGAAGAAGAAGAAGAAGAAGCCUGAAGGAGGAGCGAUUACUAGAAACUAACUCGGUUUACCCUUUUAUAUGUGGAUUAAUUGUCGGAGUAGAGAACCUUGUGCAUUUCAGGUAAAAUAACAACCCAAUGUUUAUACCCAGGACAAAUUAGCUAGCAACAGCAAGCUAGCUAGCUAAAUUACCAUAAAUGUAUAAUGCUUUUCAACCUCAGAGUUCGUAUUGAUAUUUCAACCUGCGUGUCCUGAUCGCGUGGGUGGACAAAAUGAACAUGCGCGUGAUGGUGCACGCACACGCAAGCGGUGUGGUCAGCAUGUAAGUCGAGGAGGGGUUUAGUAGAGGAGGAGGACUUGGAAGACCAGCAUGACUGGGUGGCUGAAGAGGGGGGAGAGGCGGGGUGAGAACAGACAGGGAAGACCCUCACUGGGGAAGAGGUCAGUGAUUGAGGAGGGGGAGUCAAGAGAGGUCAGGCUCUAAACCAAAUAAUAGCAAAUAUUGUAAACCGCUAACCGCAUACUUUGAGAUACAAUCUGAUUGAAGUAAAGAUUUUAUAACUUUUACUCUUGUCAGUUCUUGUGCAGUUACAAUAAAUGAGAAUUUCCUCAAACCAUUUAUUUCUCUCCGUCCCUAUUUCCAUGCAGGUCUACUGUCACUAAUAUGAGGUGGUGCAGUUGUUAUCUGCUCAGCUGACAGAGACAGGAGAUACAGGAGUCCAUUCUAUUCCAUGUAGGUUGCCUUGGCUCUCCUCUAUGCACAGCACACUGGGGACUUCCUGCAGGUAACCAUGACAUCCACCUAUCACCCCCGUAACUUAAUCAUUAGUGGUACUGAGAGUUCCUUUAAUUUAUUUUAUGCUGUAUGAAGGCAUUUUGCAUAGGACAUUGGUCACAUAGAGAGGAUCAUGACCAGCUGCUGUCUAUUGGUUAGAAAGAUGGUUCUAUACUGAAUGUAUGUGAUAGUCAUUGCUAAACAAUAUGAGUAGUGUAGGUAAGGGAUGAAGUGAAAACCUAUAGGAGGAUAGCUCUCCACAAGGUGGGUUGGGCAUGAAAUGACAUGCUGACUGACAAGUGGCGUGGAUUGGCAAUUCCACGGUAACGGAGUGAUGGUGAGACUCAGAUAUUUCACUUUAAAAUGUAUGUCAAACAAACCAAUGAUUGCAAAUUGUUAAAAGUAGUCCUCAUGCAUAGAGUUGUAUGGUUUGUUUCACUUUGAAAUCAUUGGUUUUAGUUUGACAUACAUUUUAAAGUUAAAUAUCUGAGUGUCAUCAUCACUCUGUACCAUGGAAUUGCCCUACAGCUUGGCUCAGUCCCACAUCGUGUGUUAUACUUAUUUGAUUAAUUGUUAUCCAUAGUUGCCUCUCUUGAUACAGCCACAGCAGUCUUAAAAUGGACUGUUACCUUGAAUGCAACAUUAAGAUGUUAAAAAAUGUAAACUCCAGUUGGAUUCUGUCUGUGACAUUUCCUGACAUCUUAUUUUCCUUUCUCUCUCACUCCAGUUGUUCUCAGGAGACAGGUGGAGUCAGGCUUCUACUUCAUCGCCCUGGAACACUACACCAACGAGACAGAGGAUGUCAAGUUUAGACCAGUGGGUUUUGACCAGAAAUAUUGUCCAGCCCCCCCCCAAAGGAAAUGUACAGCACCCCCACCCCCAAACGGUUCAGGUCAAUCACGACCAAAACCUCCCACCACCUGACCAGUUUCUUCCCCCGUUGUCCUCAUCAACCACCUGGUCCACGAUGAUCCUCUCAUCCAUGGACUUCGCACUCUUCAUCCAGACUAUGCACCCUGCAAUAUCAUCCCAGCACUGCACAUUGCUCUUUGCACUCUCCGCACAUCUCUUACAUGCAUAUUUUAUAAUGUAGUUUAUAGUGUUCAUAGUGUACAUACUAUAUGUGGAUCUGUGAAAAUUCUGCAUCUAUAUAUUUUUGUGGCAGCACCAUUUCACAGAGUCAAGUUCCUGUACAUGCAAAUGUAUUUGGCGAAUAAAGUUGAUUCUGACAUGUUUAGCUGGUUUAUCAUACGGCAGUUUACAUUCUAUUAUUUGGGACUGGUUAUGUACUGUAUGAACUGUAGCAGAUUCUUCCCUUUUGUGUCUUCAUAUACAGUCAUUCAAAAUCCCCAUGUGCUGUGUGUGGGUGUGUCCUUGGGUUUAAUACCCUAAAUAUUGGCUCCUGCCUGCAAUUAGUGGAUUCAUUUUAUGGUGUUUGCUAGAGCUGACUGUCUGCUUUUAAUUUUACAGACAAACAUGGCUGGCCAACAAGUAAUUAGCUAACUAACUUUAGCAAGUAGAUUCCACUUAAUUCAAGGUAUAGUAUACCUAUUAGAAUUUAUUUGAUUUGGUUAUCAAGCUGCUGGGUUUCCCAAGUUGUUCGGCGCUUACUGCUAAAGCUAGCUAGCUAAACAGACGGCUCUGCAGUUCAUUGCAAACAGAAGGCUCGUAAUAGCCAAUUACAACAAUGGUAGAAAUGUGUUAGUUUGUCCAAAUAAAAAAAAGUUACCAAUCUAAGGUUUCUAGACACGCACCCCCCUUUAAACCCGCCCCCCAUCAGCCUGAAAUCCAAACCCAAUGUGCCAAGACUUGAGAGCAAUUUGAGAAAUUGAGAGCGAAAACUUUACAAUGACAAGUGACUAUUGCUGGUGGACAAUUUAAUGUGUUCAAAUAACAUGUUUCUUUGCUUACAGUUCUACAUGUACUGUUUAAGAAAGUUUUCUUUUUGAUCUGUGACGACGAUGUUCUGCUUGCACAAAGUCACACUUGCAAGCUCUCAAGUUUAAUUUGUGCUCUCGACUGGCCUGUGCACUUGUGGGACGGGACCUUCCUCUGCUCGCUCGACCACAUUUAUUCUCUCUCGACUUUGUGUUUGCUUGCGCAAUGAUAUUUCAUCUUGCUCGCGUGCGCCAUCUUGUGCGUGUUCAACUUUUUAAUCAGAUUUGACACCAUAACAGAGCAGCCCAAGCGGAGCUGUUGCUAUGGAUACUUGGACUCAGAUUUGAGCUGAGCGCAUGCAGAGUGAGCUGCGUGUAGGGAGCGAGUGACAGACAGAGAGGAGCAGCUAAUGGAUUUACUAACGGAGGAAGUUAUUUCUGAUUUCGAUCAUCGGGCCUUAAAUUUGGUGGAAGCAAUUGGGCCUGGGUAGGGUAGGACCUGAACGUCGCGGGCAUGGGUAGGGCUUGGGCUUAAAAUUAAUGCCCGUGCGGGGUUCUAAUGAGAGGGGAAAGCAUUGAGCUAGCCUGUAACGUCACUUCCUGGAGUAGCUCAAACAUGUUAUGAUGUCAUGUUAUGAUGCCAUCUUAACCGACUUCAUUUGGCUUCAAUGCGCUAUAGAGAGCAAUAGACGGGUUGGUUGUUUAGCAACAAAACCAACGCGCGUGCAACUAUGGGGCAAUACAGACAGGGUUGGCUUAGAUUGUUGACAACAUGUAAACUAUAUUUAGUCUCCAAAUGUUUAUUGAAACAUAAAUACAUUUGCACAAUAAGCACUUGUCUCUCAAAUACAUUGUUACAGUUGUUGGUUGGCUAGCUAGCACAUUUUUUGCCAUAUUAGCAUUGACAUGAAAUCAGUUAAAACACCUCAAAACAAGACAUGGUAUCAAGAACAAGAUAAAACUUGCUGAAACAAGCCACCUACGAUUCCCCACAUAGUUUCUUGUCAUUGUUGCUAGCUGUCUGACUUUAGAUUUAUAACAGCACAGCUUCCGCCGCCAUCGAUGGGUGCGCAUAAUUUUCGUGACGUUGUCAGCCAACAUGUCUAUAGUAAUGCCGUCUUUUUGUAGGCACUAACUCCGCCAUGGUUCAUUGGACAAGGCCUAAGGGGAAAUGAGUGGAGUUUGUAUAAACGCCGAAAAUAAGGUCUGCGCUAAACACAGGCUUAGGAGAUCUUAUACGUUUUGUUCUAUGAGAUAAUCUUCAUCAGCUAACGUAACUUUUUGUGAAUUUUGAAGCAUUUACAGUAUGUAAUCAAAAAAAGCACAUUAAAGGCUUCAUAAAUCAUGAAGGUCAUGUUAACUGACUGAUAUCUCAUAGAACAAAACGUAUAAGAUCUCCUAAGCCUUGGUUAACCUCAGACCUUAUUUUCGGCGUUUUCAUUUUCCCCAUAGGAAUGGCUGAACGAACCAGAAGUUCUAAUUUCCCGUUUUUAGAACUACAAGCUGGCGAGCUCUUUUGAGUCUUCACAUAGGAAUGAAUGGUGUCAUGUGAUCGAUGGCUUUUUCCAUUCAUAUACAGUCAUUGGUUGAUCUACUGAUAGCUAGCUAUAGUUGUACUUUAUUGAUAAACUGUUAACUGAUCACCAUUUCAUCCAUUUUAAGAAGUUGUUUUUAAACUUACCGUGCAUGGAUAAAAAACACUGGUUUCCACUAGAUAACCAUAGCCACACAGUCAGAUUUCACAGCCACAAGGUCAAAAUUGGCAACAACUAAAAAUAGCUUUUUGGUCAUAAUAUAAGGUUAGUGUUAGGCAUAAGGUUAGCAGUGUGGUUAGGGUUAGGUCAGAUUUUAAGAAGAUAAAUUGUAGAAAUGGCCAGGGUUUAGCCAUAAUUAUGACUUUUUGUCUGUGUUAACUAGUGAUGUCCAAAAAUAUAAAUCAAUAGCUUCUUCUCUUCAAUUUAUUUAGAAGUAAUUGAAAAUAGAUUCUAGUUUUCGCUUAUUGAAUUGGAAUUAUAGUUGACCUAGUCUUGAAUUUACUGGCUUAAAAAUCAAAUUGACCCCUACCCUGAUGUCUAAAGUCUGUAUAGGUAACCUCUGCACCUCCUCUCCUUCCCUCCAGACUCCCUGCAGCUCUCUCUCGCUGUUCCCCAUCAGCAGCUUCACUGUGAGCAGGGGUGGAGCCCCCGUCUGGGGCAAGAGGACCCAGAGCCCACACAGAUUAAAGAGGAACAGGCGGAACUCAGGACCAGUCAGGAGGAAGAACAGCUUCAAGGGCUGGAGGCUGAUAUCAUAGAGUUCAUAUUCACUCCUCCUUGUGUGAAAAGUGAAUGUGAUCUGGAGGACCCACUUCAAGAAGCCAAACUAGCUGAAAACCCAACUCUCAGUCAACUGAAAAUGUGUAAACUACAUUUGUUUCGUACAUUUUUAAAUGAACGUUUAAUGGCGUCUGCUGCUGUGGAGAUAUCCGGAGCAUUUGAGAAAACAGUAGCAGAGUACCAGAAGGAGAAUGAUUGGCUACGGAGACUGCUGCGGAUCACACCUGAGAUAAAACUAUGUAGAAUAGGUUUGUAUGUAGAUCUACUGAUACAGUAACUAGAUACAGUCCUACUCAAUUAAAGGGAUAGUUGGGGAUAUUGGAAGUUAUCUCCAUCAACAGGCUCUGUAUUUCAGGAAUCACAGUAGCAAGUACCCCUCCCUAGUGCAUUGUUAAAAUAUUUUGCCAUUUAAACAAUUAAUUUUUCCCACUGGCUUUCAUGUGUUUCAAACGUGAGCUUGUCCGAGGUGUCGGACUCGAUGACAGUUGCUAUCCAUUGGAGCGCUGCGAUUGGUGGCACAAAAUUAUGGGGCGGGGCUUAGGGUCAAUGCAAGAAGUCAAAAGAAAUUUGAGUAUAAUAACUGAAAAAACAAAACCUAUUUUCAAUUAUAAAUUAAAAUCACUUCCUGGUUUUUGUGACACAAAGUUUUUAUCCAUGUACAGUAAAAGUUUUUAAAAAAAACAUCUUAAAGGGAUAUUUGGGGAUGUUGGCAAUGAAGCCCUUUAUCUAGAACGUUCAAUUUUAUUGCCGAUAUUCUGCAUUUAUCAGAGUGUCAUCAGGUAGCCUGAUUUCAGAUGUGUCAAUGUAAAGAUGAUUUUUAGGGAAAUCGUUCUUUCAAAGCAUGUAAACAUUUAAAUCGAACUAUUAUAUUAAUCUGAUUAUCCACAAUAAUCACAUUAUUGUGUGCAUGUAACCGUACUCAGUGAGACAGACGUGCCCAACAGUUCCAACUUUGUUUACAUAAGACAACAAGUCGUGCAUUUUUUUACUUGAGGAAGUGAAAUGAGCUGUGAGUGUCUCAUGGGGGACAAACAUCAUUAACCAGACUGAAAUCUAGUUUUUCUAAUUAGCAACAGAAAAACACACGUGCUAAUCGGCGUGUUCAGUAGCUCUUUAAGGUCCCGGACUGCAUCUUUAUCUCCAAAAGUGGUUAGUAGCUUUGACUGCAUUAAAGUGGCAAGCCACACAACAAACAUGUUCACGUGAGGCUUAGUGAAGGGUCAGUUGAAUGACUUAAAUCAGUCGAAUUGACCCCAACCCUGAUGCUUUUCAAGGCUGUAUACUGUAGAUAACCUCUGUAUCAAGGCUGAGUAUGUAACCUCUGUAUCAAGGCUGUAUAAAUAACCUAUGUGUAAAGGCUGUAUAGACAACCUCUGCUCCUCUCUCCUUCCCUCCAGACUCCCUGCAUCUCUCUCUCGCUGUCUCUGAAGAGGAGGUUCCCCCUGAGAAGCAGCACUGUGAGCAGGAGUGGAGCCCCAGUCUGGGGCAGGAGGACCCAGAGCCCACACAGAUUAAAGAGGAACAGGAGGAACUCAGGACCAGUCAAGAGAAAGAGCAGCUUCAAGGGCUCACUCCUUUGUGUGUGAAAAGUGAAUGUGAUCAGGAAGACCCACUCUGGUCCUUGACUCUUCCCCAAAUCCAGACUGUGGCGCACAGAGAAAAUGACCCUAAACCAGUGGAUCUCACACCUUUUGGCACUGUGACCCACCUAAAGGGUUUUGACAUUCCCUGUGUCCCUCCAGAUAAUCAAAACAAUGCCUACAGCCACAGCUCAGCAGUGAGCAGCGAACCAGUAGGACUUGACAGCAGACCACCACUGGAUCCCAACCCAACAUCAGAUCUCAACCAGUCAAUGUGUAAACACGGUUCCAAACCCAGCAUCAUGUCUAGAAAGACUCACCGCUGCUGUGACUGUGGUGAAACUUUUCCUCUGAAAGCUGACCAUCAGAGGCAUGUGACUCUGGCCAAAAAGAGACUCAGCGAAUGCUGCUUCUGCAAAAAUCGCUAUAACUCCAACUGUAAACUGAAGGCCCAUGUCCAACUCUGUCACGGUGGGAAAUCCUGCACCUGCCCCGUUUGUGGCAAGACCAUCAAAUACAAAGGAGAUCUUUCCAGGCACAUGAGGAUUCACAAAGGUGAGAAACCAUUUAGCUGUGGUGACUGUGGGAAAAGCUUCAGUCUCAAGGGUAACCUAAUCAGGCAUAAAUUGACUCACACAGGAGAGAAACCUUUUAGCUGUGGGGACUGUGGGAAAAGCUUCAGUCUUAAGAAUAACCUAACCAUGCAUAAACUGACUCACACAAAGGAUAAACCAUUUACUUGUAAUGUUUGCGAUAAAAGCUUCAGACACAAGAAGACCCUAACUGAACAUAUACAGACUCACACCAGAGAGAAACUAUUUAGCUGUGGUGACUGUAGGAAAAGCUUCAAUCGCAAGGAGACCCUAACCAGGCAUAAACUGACUCACACAGGAGAGAAAUCUUUUAGCUGUGGUGACUGUGGCAAAAGCUUCAGUCUCAAGAAUAACCUAAUCAAGCAUAAAGUCACUCACACAGGAGAGAAACCAUUUAGCUGUGGUGACUGUGGGAAAAGUUUCAAUCAGAAGGGGCACCUGAACGUGCACAUACUGACUCACACAGGAGUGAAACCAUUUAACUGUGGUGAUUGUGGGAAAAGUUUCAAGCAGAAGGUGCACCUGAACUUGCAUAUACUGGCUCACACAGGAGAGAAACCAUUUAGCUGUAAUGUUUGCGGUAAAACCUUCAGAUACAAGGGCACCCUAACCAAACAUAUACAGACUCACACAGGAGAGAAAUUAUUUAACUGUGGUGACUGUGGAAAAAGCUUCAUUCAAAAAUGGAACCUAAUUGAACAUAUAAGGACUCAUACAGGAGAGAAAAGAUUUAGCUGUGGUGACUGUGGGAAAAGUUUCAGUCGCAAGCAGACUCUAACCGAUCAUAUACUUACUCACACAGGAGAGAAACAACAUGGCUGCUCAGUCUGUGGUAAAAGUUUCACUCAUAAGACUAAUCUGCUGAGGCAUGUGGAUAAAAUCCAUAAAGAAAUAUAUCAGGAAAAAAACGAAUAGAAUAAAUUACAUUUGGACAAAGAGGAUCUACAGUCAGAUGAUAGGAAUAAAAAGGCAGCAUGUGGACAACACUCUUAGGAAAAGCAACUCUGAAUCAAGUUAUGUUUAAAAACAGUAUAUGUAAAUAAAGUUUGAUUCGAUUCAAUUGAUGAUGUAAUGGUCAAACAGUAUAAUGGGAAUCUCACAGGUCUGCGGUUCAAAGUUUGGUGAUGUUUACACGUAAUUAGAAACAUGAAUAUCUGGUCAUUUGUUUUGAAAUGUCUCUCAUGUUGAUAAGAGAAUGUACAGACUGAUGUUAUUUAUACAUUAAAAAUAUACUUUCCAGAAAAGAUCUUCUUCCAUUUGUCCAAGAGUAUUUUUAAUUAGUUUUGAUCUAAUGCUUCUCAUUCAUGUUAUAAAUUUAAAGCAAGAAUCCUUUAUUGAAACAAUAACAAAGCGGACACCCCGCCUCUGUUUUGGUAAAAAGCUGAGGGAUGGGCCUGGAGAAAUGUAACCACUCUCAAAUUCAUAGAAAGAGCUAUGGAUGCAAGGACUGACCAUCCAUAUUUUCUAAAUGUAUAGUUUUAACCAUGUUUUGAGAUUAUACCGUGUUUAUUUACAUUGUUUACAAACAUUGGAGUAAAACAAGUUUUCAUUCUUCAAGAAUCAAUGGGUAUAUAUAAUUAAUUUAUAGGUCCAAAAAUUGAUGUAGGACCUAAGGAUUCUAGCUUUAAACUUGUAUAGAGUAAUGAUAUACAGUCGACUCCUGAGAAUUGAUUCUCCCAGAUCAUCCUAUACUUAAGAUAACCACUGUUUAUCUACAUGUAGAUAUUGUUUCCCUUUACUACUGGCAUGUGUAGGCUGGCGGAGCUGUUGUGUGUUUCUGGGCUUGCCACCCACUAGAACCAAGGAGUGUUCUAAAACCAGUUGACUAGAAUCUAGGUUGCGUGUGUUUUUAAAUGAGCGCUUAACGGCGGGGCAGUUGAGAAAACAGUAGCUGAGUACCAGGAGGAGAAUUAUCGGCUACGGAAACUGCUGGUCUCCUGA